AUGGUCUUGAAUGGGACAACUGCCAAAUUCAGAUCCUCAGGGAUAUCAGCCGAGAAUUCGACAGACACAAGCACUGAACGUUGGCUUAUGGAGCAGAAAGUGUCUUUGGUUAAUAACUCAAUGGAUUGCAAUGGCAGAGAAGACAGAAAUAGGUCAUACUCUUUGACCUCUAUGACUGUCCAGAAGAACUGGGUUGCAUUAUUGAUUUCACUGGUCAUCAUCAUUACAGUGAUGGGUAACAUCCUGGUCAUUAUGGCGGUGAGCCUGGAGAGGAAGUUACAGAAUGCCACCAACUACUUCUUGAGGUCUUUAGCCAUUACUGACAUGCUUCUUGGUAUCCUUGUGAUGCCAGUAGCCAUGGUGACAAUCCUCUAUGGUUACACCUGGCCCCUUCCUUCGGCUCUAUGUCCGAUCUGGAUCUACCUGGAUGUUCUCUUUUCCACUGCCUCCAUCAUGCACCUGUGCGCCAUCUCUCUAGACCGAUACAUCGCCAUCCGUAACCCUAUCCACCACAGUCGCUCAAACUCUCUAACGAGAGCCCGUGUUAAAAUAAUGGCAGCCUGGACCAUCUCUGUGGUUAUCUCCAUGCCUGUCCCAGUCCUUGGUCUGCACGAUCACUCCAAAGUCUUCCAGAAUGAAAGCUGCCAACUGACAGAUGGCAAUUUUGUUCUUAUUGGCUCUUUUGUGGCAUUCUUCAUCCCCCUCAUCAUCAUGGUGGUCACAUACAUUCUCACCAUCAGCACUCUGCAAAACGAAGCGACUUUGUGCCUGCACCAACUCGUCGUGCGGCCUAAAUGGUCAUCCACAAUUGGACUCCUCCCACGAGGUUCUCUCUCCUCUGAGCGACUGUUUUCCCGUUCGUCUUUUUGUCGCGGCAGUGAUGGGGUGAGCAGAGGAUCAGGCCAUCGCACCAUGCAGUCCAUCAGCAAUGAGCAGAAGGCGUCUAAAGUGCUGGGAAUAGUCUUCCUUCUCUUUGUGAUCAUGUGGUGUCCAUUUUUUGUGACAAACGUGAUGGUGGUGGUGUGCGGCUCGGCAUGUGACGAAGUUUUAGUGGGGGGAUUAAUGAAUGUGUUUGUGUGGGUGGGUUAUCUAUCAUCUGCAGUCAAUCCUUUCAUCUACACGCUCUUCAAUAAGACUUACCGCGCCGCAUUCGCCCGGUACAUGCGUUGCCGCUACCAUGAGGAGAGGAGGCCACUACAAAUGAUACUGGUCAGCACCAUACCUCCUCUGGCAUACAGCUCCACCAGGCUUCCACUGAAGGUGGAGAGCCCAUCAGAGAGGAGGUCGGAGGGCAGCGAGUCCAGAGGCUUCUUUACCAUAGACAAGUCAAACUCUGUGAAUUCACAACUCAAGGAAAAGAAUGAAGUAGUUAGCAAUGUCUAAGACUGGAAACAAACUCAAGUGCAGUGGUUCUCAACUGUUUUCAGGACCCAGAAUUUACACUGGACAUCAAGUGGCAAUUCAACACAGUACCAGAAAUGUUUAUCAUUAAAAAAUUCACAAAAAUAAACGAAAACAAAGUUUGUUGCAAAAGCAAUCCGCUUUUUAAAAAAUGAUUACGUUGUGGCGGGGUAAGCAAGAGACAGACACAGUGCGUGUGGCGUUAGGCCUCAGAGAGGCAUUUAUUGGAAAUAAUAUUAAACACGAAAUGUCCAAAAAUGGGUAAAAUAGUCUCUAUGGGGGAUAAGAGCCAAAAAUAAAGCAGCAUCUGGCAUCCUUGCUGUGAGACAGGGCUUUGCGAAGUAUGGGGAGUGUCCAAAGGAUUGAGGAUGUGGCUGGGGUAAGGGUCCAGCAUUC